AUGGCCGCUGCUUCUAGUUUCUUGGCGGCCUCGCGGCUCCGCGCCGCCGCCCUGCUGUCUCGACUCGGGGUGCGCGGUGUGGCGGGACCACCCGGGACCGGCCCGACGCCGGGACCUGGCCUAGGGGAUGAGCAUGACCUGGAUUCGGACUGGGAGCCGGAGCGGGGACUGCAAGAGUUGGAGAGAGCUCUGCAACAACAGAAAAAAGAAAUUCGAUUCCAGAAAAUCUGCAGACAGAUGGAAGCCUCAGGUGCCCCACAAAGGAUCCUGAGUAGGAACGCCAUGGAGCAAAUCCGGUAUUUACACAAGGAAUUCUCUGAGGACUGGUCAGUUCCCAGAUUAGCUGAAGGCUUUGGAGUCAGCACUGAUGUGAUCAGAAGGGUUUUAAAGAGUAAGUUUGUUCCCACACUGAAGCAGGAAAUAAAGCAAGAUCAGAAGAUCCUCAGUAAAGCUAGGAAUACCCACCAUCCACAGACCCAACUGGCUUUACAAGAGCAGCCACUACUGCCAACCUCUACAGGUCAUCUAGUCUCAGGAUCAAUGUCAAUAUCAAGAUGUGAGGCCCUGCCACACCUCUGUCAUAAGGGCCAAAAUUACAGUUCAGCUUUACAGGAAAAAGAGAAGAAUCCUCAGGCUUGGAAAACUCCAAGAAGCCAGAAGUUUAGGGGAAAAGUGUCUCAGAAAUUGGGGAGGGAGAGGCAUACCACUCUAGUUGCAGCCUUGGGUGAUCAUAGAGAAAAGCAAAGCAUGUCAUCUUCACUCUGGAAACAAAAACGACCAGAAGGGUCUCACACUGAUGGGCUGCUAAGUAAGGAGGAAGAAGUGGUAAAGGAACCAGAGAUGGAUGUUAAGGAGUUUAGCAGCAAAGUAUUUCAGAAAGGGAGGGAAUUCUUUGAUAGCAAUGGAAACUUUCUUUAUAGGAUCUGAGUAGGAAUUUGUCAUAUUUGUGAGAGUAUCACCAAGCAGGAAGGAAGAACAGUGCUACAAGUUUGGUAUUUUAUUUGUAAUUGAAUAUAUUAUUGUCCCAAAUUGCUACAUAUUGUUUAGUAGUUCUGGAUUGGGAAGUGCUCUAGUACUUGGAAUAAAAGAAUUAUCCGUGAGAUUCUGGACUUCAGCAUGCCAAAAAUGGUAAGCCAUGUAUGGCAACUAUGUGAUAGAACAAAACUGUUGGUGCCUCUGCCUCUUGACCUCUUGAUGGUAGACAGCUAGGUAGUACUAUGGACAGAACACUGGACCUUGAUUUUGGAAGACUUGAGUUCAGAUUCACCUCAGACAUGGCUACCUUCUUGGGUUGUUGUGAGGAUCAAAUGAGAUGGUAUUUGUAAAGUGCUUUGCAAGCCUUAAAGUGUUGUUAUUACUAACCAGUGAUCCCUGGUAGAGUUAUUACAAAAUUAGUAGUGGCUGUAGAACAGAUGUGCAUCUUCAACUGAAAAUUCUCUGGACCACAUUCAUCUUUACUGCGGGGUCUUAAAGUACAGGGACGUAGGGAACUUACCCUUUCGAUGUUACAAUAAAGUCACUCAUGUUGUGAGGGGUUGUCUUCUGGCUCAAUGAACAAUUUUAAGGCUCUGUCUGUGGUCCUGAGAUGUAGAGUUAAAGAAUAGUAGAAAGUUGCCUAUUGGCUUGAUUUUCUUUUCACUUUAUAACCCAAGCAGCCUAGAACUUAUUAGGAACUGGUUUCCUUGUAUGAAAAAUAAAAUGCUUCAAUACAUUAAUGAAUUGUUUUGUAUGAAAAAUUAGAUGACAUUUAAAGAAUUAGGAUAAUUUGUCAAAGUGUUGCUUGGAGUCACGAAAGCAGGUCCUUAUACACUGGUGAGGUUGGAAGCGGGGCAGGAGAAGAAAAAAACACAAAGGACAGAAAAGUCACCAGUUUCUUCUUAGGCAUUUGAAUGCAAAUGUUAGGGUUUCUCUCUUGGGCAUUGCCACAGUGCCACAGUGUAUCUAUGGGAUACACAUAGAUCUGUUGAAAGAAGUAAGAAUCAUUCCACAUUUUCUGCAAAUCAACUUCGCUAACAAUAAAGCGGUGAAGGUAA